ACAGUGGAACAUGCAUUCGCUGCGCAUACCAAUAUCGUUGUUUACAGAACCGUUUUGUUUAUGUCCCAGCACUCGCACCGCUUUACACAACGAACUAAACGAAAAGGAGAGUAAAAACAACAAAAGCCGCUUUUGGUGCCUCUCUCUCUCUCUCUCAUUCUUUUUGCCACACCACCGCCGCAUUCAGCAUCAGAAGAAAGCGGUAUCGUUUCAAUGUCUUUGUGUGUGAGUGUGUGCAGAAUCAAUGAUUACUUUAUGUGACAAGAAAAUCGCGCAAAUUAAGACUUCAUUUUUUUCACUGAGUUUCAGUGCACAUUGUGUCAUUGGAAAUUGUCGAAACUGGAACGAUUUUCUAUUCAAAAUGGGUGUAAAUGGGCUAACAACAUUUGUCAAACAGCAAAAACUGUAUCACCACAUCGACAUCUUGGAGGAAAUCCGAAAACAUCGCAAAGCAAAUGGAAAUGCGUUGAUCAUAUUCGAUGUGAUGGGAUUUGUGCAUAAUUUCGGUGCCACUGUCGUUGAAUUGAAUCUGGGUGGACGGCAGCAUAUUUAUUUGCAUCAAUUCGAACAAUUUUUGCAAGCACUCCAAAAGGCUGGCGCUAUGUUGGCAUUUUUCUGCGAUGGUCAAUUGCAAGCGGACAAAAAUGAUGUGUGGUGUCGACGACGCGAUGCUGAUUUCCAGGCUGCAUUGGCAUUGAUCAACGAGCAUUCGCAUCAAGAUGGCACGAAGAAGCGAUUUGGAUGCAAAACAAUCGUGAAAAGUCUCUUAAAAAUGGUCGAAGACAAACGCUAUGGAAAAGUGGUGAUAUCAACCGAGGUGGAUUGUGACAAAGCAAUUGCAAAGUAUGCGAUGUCAAAAGGAGCGCUGGCCGUGGUGGCAAGUGAUUCGGAUUUUCUCAUUUUCGAAGGCGAUUUUCAGUGGUGGGAUUCAAAAUCCAUCCGAAUGCACCAAAUGACAGCGAAACGUUUCGAAAGAAAUCAGCUGCGUCAAAAGUUAUCGCUGACAAGUGAGCAGUUAAAAUACUUUGCGACGAUUGUUGGGAAUGAUCAUACCGGGCACAUGAUAACGAAACGUUGUGAUUUCAUCAAAGUGGCCCAUUUUUGCCAAUCAAUCGAUUCGGAGCGAUGUAAUCCGCAGUCGAUCUACCAAAAAAUUGGUAAAUAUAUGCUGUUUGGCUCGAGCAAACCAAUUGACAUCGAGUCAAUCGCCAGAAGUAUUCAGUCAUAUGAUGCAAAUUAUGACAUUGCACAGUGCCGCAACCCUAUGAAUGACUAUUGCUCGGCGAAUGUUUUGAUGUUUGCCUUUUGGCAUCAACAGGUGUUUCAGUACGAAGUGAAUUUCGUGGACUUCAAGCCACGCCACGAAGACGGGAAAAAUAAUAAUGUUCAAUUGUUUUUGGAUACAUUGAUCGAAGUGUUCCGCAAAUUGGGCGGCAUUCUGUUGAAUGGCAUAUCGCAUACCAAUCCAAUGCUAAAAAUCGUCACCAAAUAUUCACUGUAUGAAAAAUACAUGCUUCGAGAGUACACACCAAUCUAUCCAGAGGGUAUGGCCGAGAUUGAAGACAUCAUUUUUGGCAAAAACAUCGAUGAUAAAUGGAACUUAUUACUUUGGAGCAUUGGAAUCGAUGUGCAGCUACGUUUUGACCUGGAUUCCAUACCAAAGAGAUACGUUCACACUGUGCUGGCACUCAUAUUUCUAUUGAAGGCUAAUGAAAUAACCUCACUGCAAGCGGAUGCAUUGCUCUUGUGUCAGUACAACAUUUUUGAAGGUAAAUUCGAUUUGGAAAGCAUCAACAUUGAUGAAACGGUUGUCAGCAAAGAAGUCAUACGAGUUGGCCAGCUUUUCAGCAGAACCAUCACUUUGAUAUGGGACUGCUUCAUGGUGUGCGGCCUCAGUGAAUACAUUCAAAUGGACUGGUUCGAUGGGCCCUAUUUCAGUUAUCUGUUGGUGCGAUGUCAACGUCUGAAAGCAUUCCAUAACGAAAGUUUGACAAAAAUUCGCUCAUAUCGAUUGUAUGCACCACAAUGAACAUAGUCUUGAUAGAUUCAUACUCGAGCCAAAAAGAGCCAAAGCUCGAGCCAAAAAGAAAGUUUUCUUUUUUAAAAUAAAUGAAUAAUAAGCGAAGAAGAAGAACACCACAGCCACACAAUUUGCAAUUGAGAUCAACGUAAAAUGACGUCUCUAUCAAUGGCAAAUAUAUUUUAGGAAUUUAUUGUAAACAAAACAGUUUUGUACAAAUAUAGACACUCGGAACAAAUGCAA